UUAGCUCUUCGAUUAACAACUUGCUGGAGGCUAUUCAAAUGAGCCACACCGUGGGAUGUAAGGAGCUCUCUGAUUGGUCAGAGAGCUGCCCGCUUUAUUCACUGUUACGCGCACACUUUAGGCGCCACAUUGCACAAUGCUUUAGAAAAUUAACGGUGCUUGUGCUUGUGCCAGGGCGUUUUGCCUGGUCCGUCUGUAACCUGAAAAUGUCCAGCAUAUCACGCAUAUUGAGGGACAUUGCCAGUGAGAUGGAGCGGAGGGCAGAGACUGUUUCGUCGACAGAAGAACUCUCAUCAUCAUCCGUGCCGUCAAGACACCCUGUUGACGCUGAAGUGUGCAGAAUAUUUGCCUCAUAUGGUAACAGGGUCCCUGGCAACCCUUCCAUUGCUGCACGACGUCGAUCUACAUACACAAGAGCCUAUUUCUGUUUGUCCAAGAUUGAUCAGACUAUAGCACCGACUAGAGAAGAAAAAGAAUUUCUUAGUGCUGCUGGCCUAGGGGAGCAGAGAAUUACUUUUUUUGGUGAUGAAGGCAGUGCAGAGGAAUUUCGAAGUCACAUUCUGGUUGCCUACCCAAAACUAAAUGGCUGUGGAGGGUUUGAGCUUUUAAAAGUUUCUGGGUUAACAAGGAGCAAAAAGCUCUCUGUGAUACCUUGCCCAAGGACAGGGUAUACCAUAAAGUCUGUCAGGAUACAUAUCAAACACUCCCUCAUCUACAUCCGUCCGAUGCAAAAGAAUAUCGACACAACUCCUGUAGAACAUCAGACUGGCGGUUAUGGUCCCAAGGAAAAAUGUCUGACGUGUUCAGAAGAAUUCUUUUUCAGUGAACUGAAGGAUCAUGUCAAACACUGCAAGUCUCCAAAUGAGAUCGACACAGCAUUACCUGAAAUUUGCCAUCCAGUGAGCCCAGAAUUUCCUUUUCCGACUAGUCCAGACAGAGAUAACUCAUCCUCUGAUACAGGAAUCAUUGACUUAACAGAUGACCAAGUUCCGGAGUCCUUGGAAGAAUGGAGAGCCAUGCGUUCCCAGCAGGAUCAAGAGUACCAAGACUGCUUGCUUGCAGAUCAAGAGAAGUCUGACUUACAGAAAAAGUCGGCUGAAAUGGAAGAGAGACGGAUAAAGGCCAUAUCUGAGAGGCAGUUGAGACUGAUUGGUGUUCCAGAGCAAGCUCAUGGCAUACCACUCAGAUUUAAAUACCCUAGCGGCAUUACCAGAACAAGGCGAUUUGUCCUAACUGAAUCCAUUCAGAUAUUGUUUGACUUUGUCGGAGAAGAUGAAGAUGCCACAGAAUAUUUUCAUAUUCAAGAUGCUCUCUCAGUAACUAGACUCAACAGCAACAUGUCUGGCACCUUUCUGGAUAAUAACAUCAUAAGGUCACAAACACUGUAUGUCCACUGGAUUCAACCUGAGUCUCCAGAGUUUGUUCCUGCACUUGAUUACAACAAUCAUGAAGUAGCUCCAAGCUUUAACAACAUGUCUUGUUCCCCAUUGACUGAUUCUCCUCCUGCUCAUGGGCGAUCUUUCUCUCCCAAGAGGGCUGACCUUAAAACCAUUCUGAAUGGACUUUGGGCGAAGAUUGAUAACACUUCAUGCCCACGAGUAAUCAGAUCAACAUAUGCAGAGACUACACUGGCAAUGUCCACAACAUAA